AUAAAACUACAUGUGACCUUCUAUCGAGGCUCUCUGAUCUCUGUAAUCAUUCCUCUGCCUUAAUUUAGAUUAAAAAGAGAUAAAAGUUAGAAACUGGUUGAGACUCGUUUCUUUAAGACUCUUUACAUAGAGUGUUUGAUCGCUUCAUGGGGACCAAGGACCGGGAGGAAACUGACCGCCAACAGGGUGCGGUAGACCGGAAGAGGCUGUAACUUAACAAAAUAUGAAGCGCUGUGAAUACUUUCCUGAUGCUCUGUGAACUGUGGUGUCUGCUAGAUGAAACAGUGGACCAGAAGAGACAAAGCUUCAAUGCUACAGCAGAUGCCAUAGUAGAGGUGGAGCGAUACCUGGCAGAAGUGUUUCCUGCAGAUGUUAAGCAGAUGCUGAUGGUAAAAGAAGAAACUCCUGUAAACCAUAGACCUUGUGCUGGCCUACAUGACCCAAAGCUCCACAACAUAAAGGAGGAACAGGAGGAGGUCUACACCAGUCUGGGGGGAGAGCAGCUCAAUGGGAAGGAGGAGAUUGAUGCCAUCAGGUUUCCAGUCACUGCUACUCCCAUAAAGAGUGAGGAUGAUGAACAGUCCCCUCUGCUCUCACAGCUUUAUCAAGACCAAAUUAAAACCAGAGCGCUUCCAGAAGAUAUCAAUAGAGGAGAAGAAUCCAUCAGGAUACAAGAUCAUGGAGAUGGUUCCAUUUCCUCAGAAACUGAAGACACUGAGAAGGAUGAAAAGGCCGAUGAUGUAAAGCACCCCGUCUCUGAGCUCAAACACUUGUUAGACUCUGGACUGAAAUCUAAGGACAUGGACAAUGACUGGAAGGACAGCAGGGCUCCUGAGUCCGAUGGAAACAUUAACAAACCUUUUAGCUCCCCUGAGUUUGUUUAG